UUGUGUUGUUUAUGAUUUUGAUGAACUAAAACACUUAAAGGGAUAGAAUAAAGUACAGCUGUACAGCUUUUUAGGAUAAAUUUGUUCAUUUGCAAACAUGUCAUUUGUUCUUAUUUAGAUGACGGGAUGAAAAGAUCGCGACAGUUUACUUUAAAUGUUGUUCUUGCACCGUACACGUUCACAUUAAAGCGAGCACUAUUAAAUGCACAAUGUCCGAGCCCACGACCCCAGGAAAGAAGGGCAACUUGACCGGAAGUGCCAGAAAAUUAAAGGACAACGCCGCAGAUUGGCAUAAUCUCAUCCUGAAAUGGGAGCGAUUAAAUGAAGAGGGAUCCACGACCGCGACUAAAAUCGUUAAUCUGGGAUUAAGCAAAAAAUCAGAUACUGAGCCUGAUGUUGUGAUGGAAGGAAGCAGUUUGGCAGCUGGAGACUUUUCAGACAAUCUGAAACGGAGCAACCAAGAGCUGGAGGAAGAAUGUGUGAAGUUACGGGAGGUUGUGGAUAAAAUGGCAAACAUACUGUCAAAGAUGGAGAAGAUGGUCCAUGCCGAGAGUGGAAUCUGUGAACUGGAAGCGUUUCAGUACGGAGAGAAAGGAAGAGCAGCACCACUCUUUCACACAUGGUCCACUCAACAGUUUGUUGAAGUAUCUUCCAAGCUUUACGAGUCAUACAAACAGGAGUUGGCGCUGAAGAAGACCAUACUACAAGAAUUGGCCCACACAGCUAAUGCUGAUCUUUCAAUGGUCUACCUGUCAUCAUGGCUGUAUCAACCCUACAUUGAGGACAGUGGAAAACUGCUACUAGAGAGUUUGCUUCUGGAAACGGGUCACAGACCUUUGUGAUCCAGUCUAUACACAGGACUCUGUAAACAAAUUAAAAGCAUAUCAUGACAUGUAUACAGCUUUGGUUUAGUCUGUUUAACCUUCAAAUUUAUUUCUCAAAAAUAUCCUAUUCUUAUACUGCAUUUCUUCCCUGUAAUCAGUCUGUACCAUACAAAGUCUUAACUCCAUAAACUCACUCACAAAAGUUUUAAUGUCA